ACAGCUGCAGAGCACCUGAGACACACAGGAGGGGCAGAGAAAGAAAUUAAGGAAAGCACACAGACCUUGUUAAGUAAGCAGUUAUGGAGUCAAAAUCAAUGCUAGGGUCGACCUCUCUGCUGGUGCCUUCAGUAAAGGAGAUAGUGAAGGAACAAAUCGUUGCAAUUCCACCAAGAUAUGUGUGCCGUGAUCAUGAUAAUUCUCCAGUAGCCAAAACCAAUUCUUUACCUCAAAUGCCAGUCAUUGACCUGGGGAAGUUAUUUUCUCAAGAAUUUGAAGAUUUGGAGCUGGAAAAGUUGGAUCAAGCCUGUAAAGAGUGGGGUUUCUUCCAGUUGGUGAAUCAUGGAGUGAGCACUGAGCUAUUGGAGAAAGUGAAGUUGGAGACUCAAGAGUUCUUCAAUCUCCCAAUGGAAGAGAAGACAAAAUUUUGGCAAAAACCAGGAGAAGUGGAAGGAUUUGGACAGCACUUUGUUGGGUCUGAAGAACAGAAGCUUGAAUGGGCAGACCUUUUCUACAUUAUUACUCUUCCAACACAUAGGCGAAAACCUCAUUUGUUCUCCAAUUUCCCUCCCGCGUUCAGGGAUGCCCUCGAAGCUUAUUCAGAAGAACUGCAAAAGAUUGCCAAGAAACUCUUUAACCUGGUGGCAAAAGCUGUAGGAAUGAAACCUGAUGAAAUGAGAGAUUUAACUGAAGAAGGGUGGCAGGCAAUGAGAAUGAACUACUAUCCCCCAUGUCCAGAACCGGACCUUGUGAUUGGCCUGAGGCCCCAUUCUGAUGCAACUGGCCUCACCAUCGUACUCCAGCUCAACGAAGUUGAAGGGCUUCAGAUACAUAAAGAUGGGAUGUGGAUUCCUGUCAAGCCAAUUCCCAAUGCUUUUAUCAUCAACAUUGGAGACAUGUUGGAGAUUGUGACCAAUGGAAUUUACCGCAGCAUAGAGCAUAGGGCAACUAUUAGCUCGACUAAAGAGAGGCUUUCCAUCGCCACAUUCCACAACCCAAAAUUUGAUGGAGAAUUGUGUGCUGCACCCAGCCUUAUUACCCCUGAAACUCCACCAGUAUUUAAGAGCAUUAGCGUUGCAGACUAUUUCAAGGGUUAUCUUUCUCGCGAACUCCAUGGAAAAUCUUUCAUCGAUGUCUUGAGGAUUCCUAAUCAUCAAGCCAAAAGCAACUGAAUCACAAAUGCUUCGUGGGACCUACCAAAUCCAAUAAAGGUUUUGCCAAUUUGGUGAAAUGCAGUCGUAGAUCCACGUGCCUAGCUACUGCUUUAUCAAAUAAAUAAAAUAUUGUGCAGCCAAAAUAUAAGUCUCUUAAUUAUAAAUAAAAAAAUAAUAAUGUAUUUGAUUUUAUCUUUAAUAAAAAAAUUACUAAUUAAAUUCUAUA